AUGGCGGGCUUCUUUACCUGGUUAUGGGACUGGCUGCUGUGGAUGUUCUGGGCGACCGAGAUGGACGUUGCGAUCGUUGGUUUACAAAAUGCCGGCAAGACGAGUUUAGUGCGGGUUCUUGCUGGUAAUGAAUUCACUGUCGACACUGUGCCCACGGUCGCUUUCAACAAGAGGGAGGUCAAAAAGGGCCAUGUUUCGAUCAAGUGCUGGGAUCUCGGAGGCCAACCACGUUAUCGAUCCAUGUGGGAGCGAUAUUGUCGCGGAGUCAAUGCCAUUCUCUUCGUGGUUGAUGCUGCCGACAAGGAUGCCAUCCCGGUCGCCCGCGAGGAGCUGCACAAUCUCAUGGACAGACCUACGCUCAACGCCAUCCCCCUCCUCGUUCUAGGCAACAAGUCUGAUUUGCCCAACAAGUUAUCGGUAGACGAACUGAUUGACGCGCUGGACUUGAAAUCGAUCGUUCAUCGCGAGAUCAGCUGUUAUGGAAUCAGCGCAAAGGAAGAAACCAACCUGGAAGCAGUGCUCCAGUGGCUGGUUGCCAGAUCUGGGAAGUGA